AUGUCUCCUAAAGAAGAACCGCAUCCGUAUCUGCCGUUAUCGACUCGUGCACAAGAAGCAGCAGUCGCAGAGACGAAGAACCCACUACUUGAUAUUCUAGCCGACCUGUGGCAUCCGGAGUCAAACCCAAAUGGGUUCUUCAGCGUUGGGAUCGCGGAAAAUGUCCUGAUGCAUGACGUGCUCCUAGAGUAUAUCAACAAGCAACUGACCCUACCUGCCAAAUACUUAACCUACAACGAUGGCGGCGCUGGAAGCACGCGGUUGAAGAAGGCCACUGCCCGAUUUUUAAACCGUCACCUGACUCCGUUUACACCCAUUCAGCCCCAUCAUCUCGCCAUCACAAAUGGCGUGUCGUCUGCGAUCGAACAACUGUCGCCCUAUUAUGGGCAAUUUAUCCCGGAUUUGGCAAUGCGACCGGCAGCAAAGGUGGUCCCCGUGAGCUUUGAGGAUUGCCACCCGCUUGAGCCGGCUGCCGUUGAGAAAUACGAGCAGGCGCUUCUGCAGUUUGAAAGUCAGACGAGCAAUAAAGCCAGAGCCUUGGUCCUCUGCCAUCCCCAUAAUCCCCUCGGCCGCUGCUAUCCUACGCAGACAAUUAUAGAAAUCAUGAGACUAUGCCAGAAAUAUCAAAUCCACCUGAUCAGCGAUGAAAUUUACGCGCUGUCGACUUGGGAGAACCGGAUCGAUCCGACUCCUACGCCAGUGAAGUUUGAAUCUUUGCUUUCAAUCAAUCCCACGGGCAUUAUUGACCCAGGAUUGACUCAUAUUCUCUGGGGCAUGAGCAAGGAUUUUGGUGCCAAUGGCAUUCGAAUUGGCGUCAUUGUAUCCCAAGCAAACGCUGGUCUUCAUAGUGCCCUUCGUGGAACAUCGCUGUACACUUAUGUUUCAGGCUUGUCAGAUUAUAUAGCAGCCAACAUAUUAGAGGACGACGCUUUCACAGAUCGAUACAUAGAAAUGAAUCGACAGAGGUUGCGGGAUUCGUAUCACUUCGUUGCCGAAUACCUUCAGCAACGUGGCUUGGAGUAUGAGCGCGGCGGUAAUGCGGGCUUCUUCAUAUGGGUCAACCUGGGGAAGAAAUACCUCGAAAAUCGCCAGAAGAUCCACUAUGAUGGUCCGGACCUGACCCAGGAAGUCAUGGAUCGUCUUUGUAGCCAGAAGGUCUUCCUUGCUAGUGGCAAUGCUUUUGGGUCCGAGAAACCUGGCUGGUUUCGCAUUGUCACCUCGCAUCCAAUAGCGUACCUGACAGAAGCCUUACAGCGCAUUGAGCUUGCGAUAGGGAAUUAG